GCGCGUUUUUUGAUCUCACCGUAAAAUGGCUGAGUCUGACUCUGAACCGGAAAAGUCCUCUCCUCAGAAACCAUCUCCUACUCCUUGUCCUUGGUCAGAAAUCUGGACCGAAGUUGAGGACUUUAAAGGUUGGGUAUCAACCUUUGUAGAAGCACAGGACUCAGGAGGUUCUGAAGAGGUUUGAGACAGCUUCUUCCCUUCGCUUUGUGGGCCACACCAAGUCAAAAAACUUCGGGUGUAACAGUAACACAGUUCAAGAAGAUCCUGUGGCAGACAGAUUAAUUCGGUUUGCUGACCACAUGGACGGUAUAGUACAUUGCGAUGGAUCGCCCUUCGUCGUUCUCGGGAAGUAUACAUUGGACUGUAUGUUCGGCAGAGACAAGAAUAAGGCGGCAAAGGAGAGAAUGGCAGAGGAAAGGGACAGAGAGUUUGAGGGGGGUCAUCCCAGGCCAAGGAAAAAAAGAAAGCGGCUUCAACAAUCCAAGAAGAAGGGCUGUCCUGCCAAAGUCGUCAUGAAGGAGGUCAUCCUUUUCCCCCAAUUCAAGAGUUCCAACAUGAGCAAGUAUGUCCGGGACCGGAAAAGCAGAGCUAUCCGGGAGGCACUGACAAACGGAGAGCAGAUCGAAGCUGAACACAGGAUAUACAUCCAGCUCCCGUCUCCUGCAUCUCACCAGAAUACCCACAGUCAAGGACCACUCAUAGGCGUUCUCAAUCCCCUGGCGAAAGAAAUCAGAGGCAAAAUCCAGGAACUGGUGGGCGAUGGUGUCUACCAAACAAAGGAGAUGAGGCGACAUUUAAAGAUAUAUGUAGAUACCCAUCUCUUCCCCAACCCUGUGAAACGCCCUCAUACUUCAAACACAGCCUAUUAUCCCACCGACACCACGAUCAGAAACCAUAUUUAUGCAGCACGAAUGAGGUUGCAGGAGAUGACUGGCACUUCUCCGCUGGCACAGUCAUGGUCAAGACGCAUGUGGAGUGUUGUACAGAGGGCUGCUUCAUCUUUUACUUGGGAAGGGGAGAAGAAGUUGAUAUAUCUGCCUUUCAUGGUGAAUGGUGCACAGGUUGGUAUCAUACCACCAAAAAUGGUAGAAACAUUAGCAUCACAACAAGAUAUCUUUGAACUGAAAAACAAUGAAGUCCACCUGUCUUCUACAUUGAGCACGUAUGCAGAGAGGACUGCUCGGGUUGGAGAGUUUUUGUCUACAUGUCGUAAGUCGGUUGACUUUAUAACUCUCCAGGGAUGGCGGAAUGAGAACUAUGCUGUCAGCAGAUCAUACUAUGAUACCCCUCUAUUUGAAAUGGAACGAUCAGCUACGUGUCUAUUUGGAAUCGAGCAGUAUGGAGUUCAUAUUAAUGGUUACUGCAGACAUCCCACAGAAGGUAUUUGCAUGUGGAUUGGAAAGAGAUCACCCAACAAGCAGACUUACCCUGGGAAACUAGAUCAAAUCGCUGCCGGUGGGUUACCAGCUUGCUUGGACAUCAGAGAAUGUAUGAUGAAAGAGAGUGAAGAGGAGGCUAGCAUACCAAGGGAUAUCAGUUCAAAAGCUCUUCCUGUUGGUGCAAUAAGUUAUUUCUUUGAGGAUGAACGAGGCCUCUUUCCAGAAACUCAGUUCGUCUUUGAUCUAGAACUACCAGUUGAUUUUCAACCUAAAGUGAAGGAUGGUGAAGUUAGUGAGUUCUACCUCUGGCCUCUCAGUAAGGUGAAGGAAGAGAUAGCAACAGAUAGGUUUAAACCAAACUGCAGCCUUGUAUGUUUAGACUUCUUAAUAAGACACGGUUACAUCAAUCCUGAUGAUGAACCUCAUUACUUGGAUUUCCUGUCAAGUCUUCAUCAAACUCAUUUCUGAAGCAUCAACUUAGUUAAGGUCAACCUUUCAUCACUCCUGGGCAAACAUAUCCUGAAGGAACACUUAACGUGAAACAAAGCUUUCACCAAUCCAAAACAAUUGAAACCAUGAGGAACAACUCCUUUACUUGGGUGAAGCAAGUGUUCUACCACACUUGGACAAAUAAUAUCCUGAACCAACACCUUACGUGAAGCAACAUUUUCAAUGCUCAGAAAAACACAAAUUCCCUGAAGAACAACAUGUUACUUGAAGCAAACGUUCCACCACUCCUUGACAGCUUGAAUUCUUAAGUAACAUCUCUUUUUAUAGAUGAAACAACUAUUUCUCAUCAUCCUUUAACCUGUUGGCAACUGAUUUUCAAUGACUUGAUAGAGAGAACUGGGGAGCAUUUCAUCAACAUUUUCGUCUAACAAGUUGUCAGCUCUGACAACUUUCCUUGAUUAUUAUGGGCUGAGAGGCACCGUUACCACAGUAACUGUUGGAUAAAACAGUACUUGUCGUCUGAAAAGUCCUUUCAUGAAAGGCUCCCCAGAUGUGAAGUGUAAGAAAAUAUUUUCUUGCACUAUAAACCAUAGGGUCCAGGAUUCAAAUUCAACUCAAUAUACAACUAAUGUCUAUUGGCUUAAAUAGCCAGACAAAUACAUAUUUUCAUGCUCUGUACAAAAGUGUUAGAUGGUAACUGGGGCCCGGUUGCAUAAAAGUUACUAUUAUGGUAACUUUGCCAUCCAAUGGUAACUACCAUGGUAACAAUGGUCAACAGCCAAUCAAAAUCAAGGACUCGAUGAAAGUUACCAGUGGUUACCAAAGUUUUUGUUUUUUCUGUAUUUUUUUGUGCUUUUUUGUCAAAUGUGGGCAUUAUCUUCAGAGAUAUUCAUAUGACAAUACUUGUGUAGCGCGUUUGAGAUUCAUACAUACAUGGUUAUCACAGCUUUGGGAAAUUCGCAACUUUCUUAUCGUAUUUCUUUUAUGAUUCCGACUAAUUUUCAGCAUCAAACUAGGAUUCUCAUACAUAUGUCAGAAAUGUUUGCUGGGAAAUUGAAUUUUCCUCAUAGUGCCCUAUUACUAUAGGGCAAAGCAUCUACCUGUCAAAAGCAAAGGAUGGCUGAAGCCUGUGUCAGACCUGCCAACCAGUACGUUUUAGCCGUAUUUAGUACGUUUUUGCAACCAAAAUACGGCAGUACGUUUUUUCUUUGAAAAAUACGUUUUUUGUAAAAAAAAAUAAUAAUAAUUUUUUUUUUUUUUUUUUUUUUUUAACUAAAUCGUAAUUUAUUGAGAAAAAUAAUCUCUAUAUGUCUCUAUUUCAUAAAACGUGCACAAAUAUGGUUAUUAGAUCAAUGUAAUUUCAGGUAACUUGUUUUUUUUUUCAAUCAUUUUGUUCAAACCAGGGUGAGGAUAUACACAUGUUUUAAUGUGUUUUUUUUUCAUCUGCAAGAGCAGUGCGCAUUUUAGCUUGCAUGCAGCUUGAGCGCCGCGAUGAGCGAGUGCGCCAAGCAUUUUAUUAUGAAAUACACUUUUUUUGGGAAAAAUACAUUUUUUUUAAUCACAGAAUACAGUUUUUCAUUCCCAGAGGUUGGCAGGUCUGCUGUGUUAUGUGUAAAUGUGUACCUCACUGUUCCAUAGAUACAGGCUGCAUUACAGUUGAAAACACUCUGUCCCUUAGAUAGGACAUUAAAUGAAGGCCCUGUGUAGAGAAGACCUUUACAUGUUAAGAACCCACUACAGUAUUCAUAUAAGAGUAGGGAGAAACCCUGGUGUUAUGAUAGCACUCCCCCUUAGAAAUCAACCCCUAUCCUGCUUAUUGGGAACUGAAACGAAUCAAGCAGCAUUACCUUGAAUGAACAGGUUUUCAUAAUAAUCCGCACCAAUCGCAAAGAAAUUUCCAAAUGGCGGAAAUGCCUUUGAUGUGACCUAGUGAUGUCUAGUUGUAAUGACAAUCAGCUGGGAAUAUAUCUGGAUAUUAUGAACUAAUAAUUUAGUACAUGGGCACAAUAUGAAUAUGACAAAUCUUGCGGAGGAGGUACGUGUAUGAAUAUUGUGGUCUCUAGUCAUAUAGUAUAGCUGAACCCUGGCUGGGCUAUUGUGACGUAUCAGACAGACAAAAUACACAUUUGUCUUUUCUCCAAAAGUCCCCAUUCAGUCUUUUUAGGGUUAAUACUUAUAUGUAUUCAGAUUAUACCUCAAAUGCUCUUUGAAUAUCAUUGUUCAUCAUUCUAAAUGCACCUCAAAACUUUCAAAUGAGCAUCCUGAUCUGGCUCACGAAUACGCCUGAGCAUUGAUUGAUAGUACUCAUAAUAAAUUCCAAGUAUUUAAAACGCAAUUUGAAUGUAGAGAAGCCCAUUUCAUAAAUGACAUACAGCUAUUGUAACUUUGUCAUUAUGACAACUACCAUGGUAACAGGGCUCAGCAGCAGCCAAUCACAAUUAAGUUUACCAUGUUAUUGCAAAGUUGCAAUAAUCGUAACUUUUUAUGAAACGGGCCCAAGGUGCAGCUAAAAGUUUUCAUUUUGGACAAAUUCUGCUUUAGCGUGAGGUGAGGGGCGUUGCAAGAAACUUGUGUUUGAUCGUUGCACUUGAUUCUUGUUCGAUUGCAACCUCCCAUGGCAGUAUAUUGGUCUUCAGUUUUAUAAAACAGUUACUGAAAAUGUUUGCAACUGCAACCAUAUUGCCUGUCCACUUCAUAUCAAACCAGAAUCAGUACAGAGAACACCAAGAAAAUUUGAAUCUUAUUUUCCUUUUUAUUAUACGUUCGAGCUCCGCAUCUAAGAUUUGCCAGAGACACUUUGUGUGUUCAAAAUAUUGUAUAUAUUAUAAAGUAUCUUUAUCGUUUAUCUAUACGUAAAGUGCCGUUUGUGUAUAUACAUGUACAUCCCAGAGAUUCUAUUGGUAAACAUUUAAAUUGAGUUCUGGAUAUGUUGCCGUGUUAUUGGAGGUCAGUUUGUUUUUUUGGCAGUGUCAAAAAGGCAACAUGCAAAAUUGCAUGCCAUGGUUGCAGAAAAACCAUUCUGAGCCCAGGGGGUGUUUCACAAAACUGUUUCUAAGUUUUUAACUGUUUCUAAUAACUGUGUGAACAAAUGAGAUACCCCUUCCUUGUAUCAUAAAAAUGCAUCCCUGAUCAAACUGUAUUUUGAUUAUAAUUUCUUAAUGAAUCUUGAUGGUGUUUUAGAAUCAAACUGAAUUUUAAUCUUGGUAAUACAGAUCUGAUUCCAACUGCUGCUUGUACUAAGGGAUGGAGAAUCUAACUUUAGUUAAGCACCACAAAAAGUAAUGUUAGCUGCUGUACAUAGAGAAUAACUCAUUUUACUCUGAUGUUAUAUUUUUGGUGUCAAUUCAACACCUAUGUUACAACACCUUUAGUUAAUAUAAAACUCUGGUGUUAUGUUCAAACUCUUAAGGUGUAAUUUCUACACUUCAGGGUGUGUUCCUGUAGGGACAUCCCAGUGUUUACAUUAGUGUUUACAUUGAAGAACGUGUAACAAGUGACUUAAAAACAACUUUAUAAAACACCAUCCAGUUUCAUUAAGAUAUUAUCAUUAACAAAUAAUGAAAUUCAAUCACAAAUUUGGAUUCAGCCAAUUUCUUCAAAUUGGAGGUUAUCAGUGGCAUGUAAUGAUUAGGCCAAUAAUUAGGACCAUAUUUUACAUGAAUAUGAUAUGGCAAUAAAGGCAACAUUAUGACAAUACCAAACGAACUGCUGACAGCUCAAUCAUGUAAUACUAACAAUGCUAAACUAAUACUAAAAUGCUAAACUCAAUACUCAUUGAUAUGUUUUUAAACUUAAGAGGAGUCAAUAUGAAUUGACACAUUAACAUGGUACAAUUUGUGAAACAAACCAUAAUGCAAGCAACGUGAACACUUAUAUCUACAGAGUUUAGAUAACACAUUUGUAACCUGUAUUCUAGAACAUGAAUAUUUCAUGGGAUUUUCCUUUCACAAUUUCCUUACCCUCCACAAAAUAUGUCUUAAAAUUGAGAAAUGAUCUCAUAGGACUGUCCCUAAUGCAUAAAAAUUUCAUAUUGUUUGGAUAUUAUAAUUUUACAUGGAAACAAACACUCUUUAUAUUAUUAUUAAGUUCUUUGUUUUAAUACGUAAUGCAUCUAAACAUUUAUUGCCAUUUUGUACCGAUUUUAUUUUUAUAUUUGUAAACCCCGACUCGUGAGGAGAGCUUCAUAACAAAACUAGUUUUUCUUUUAGUCAUCCUCAGGCACUAGUCGGUGGUAAUUUCUUCGUCUUGUACAUAUUCUAGUCUUUUGCCUGCCUGGAAAUGAAAUAAAAAAGUAAUAAAUGAAAAAAAUAAUAAAUAAAUAAAAGGUGACUUGAAUCCUUCAAAUCUUA